AUGAUAGAAAAUAAAUCCAGUGCAGAUUCAUCUCUAGAGAAGUGCAGUAGUAAGCUCGCUCAACAUAAAGUAGAUAAUGCAUUGGCUUCAUCAAACUCAGUUGCUCCGUCUGCCUUAGUUUUCUCUGUUAUUCAAGAUAAACUCCAGGAAGACAAGCAUGAAAGAUGUAUAUUGUUUCUCAGUCCUGCAGACCUACCAACAAAAGCAAAUGAAGAUUUUCUCCACUGGAUACAGAGAGAGUUUACUGGGGUUGGAAAUGUGAAGAGAGAAUCAUUGAACAGCAACCUUCCAAGUGAACCAGUUGUCGAUGUUCUGUGGUGUACUGCAAUUCAGUAUUCUCAGCUAGAUGCUGCUUUCCCCUGCUGUGCUGUACUGACAAAAAGCAAUUUGUUUCUUCAGAGAAUUACAAAUUUGGAAUCUGACUUCCCAGGUGUUACAGAUUUUGAACCUUUCUAUAUCUUACCUUUAAGAAACAUUCAGCAGGUUGUCAUAGGUUGUUGCUUCGCAUACAUCAGAUUUGAAGAAUCUUUUGUCUUCAAAACAGGCACAUUUAACCUUACAGGUCUUGAUUCACAUGAUAUGAAGAACUUUGUGGAAAGUUUUAAGGAAGCCAGUGAAAUGAAUGUUUCAGAUAUCCUUGAUUUGACUUGCCAUUCAGAAUUUGUAGAUCAAAUUUUUGUCUAUGAGGAGAAGUUUGGGAUUCCAUCAGACAGAAUUGUAUUCUCAGCUGUUGUGACAGUGAAAUCUACAGGUGAAAAGUGUCUGCUACUGCUUUCAGAAACACGAAUAUACCUGUUCCAUAAACGAUUCAUUCACUGGCCACUGCCAACAUAUGAAUCUCCAAGUGAUGAAUCACUGGAAUUGAAUAUACUUCAGUCGCAUCCAGUAAUUGCAAAAAUCAGUGACAUCAACAUGUCCCAAACUGAACAGAGUAAGAACUUUUCCAGUAACUCUGAAACUGCUGACCAUUAUGCAGUCAAGUUUAUUGAGUAUGGAUUGUCUAUGAUUGUUCAUGAAACGUCAGGACCCCAAACAUUUGGCGUUAAUUUCCCAUCAACAACAUCGAGAGACUUAUUUCUGGAUAGAUUAACAAACUUGAGAGCAGAACAUGCAAACCGAAUGUCGCCGACAUUUCGCCAGGAGCCAGAAGGAGGUAAUGAGAGUGUUUGUGAGACUAAUCGUAGCAAGUCGUCUCCCUCCACUGCAGCAUGCUCAUUACCUGCAAGUUUUGACUUCAGCAAAUAUUAUGUCUCACAGGCACACAGAACAUCUAACUUCAUUACACAUCCAUCAAAUGUUCCAAAUGUUAAUACCAAAAUUGAUGUGACAUGUCCGAAAGAUGUUCCGAGUCAUGAUCCUGUCUAUGAAGUGAGAGGUGAACUUAAGGCUGAGGAUGCUACCCUCCUCGCUGGUGUGGGUAUUCAAACUGAAUUGUUGGAGAACAAGUUGUGUCCAUUAUACUUAAAUUCACAGCUUGAAUGUCACCUAAAAAAUGGUGUAAGAACAAGACCUCAAGUUCAAACAUUACCCACUAAGCUUAAACCAUUUGCUUUAAUGGAUGGAUAUGACCUUGCAAACUUUUUCCACAAUAACAUUUCAAUCAAAGGAAAAAUUGAAACAUCGGAAGGUUUGAUUGAGGAGCUAAGACAUGUAGUUUGGACAGGUGUUGUUCCAUAUAACAACCAUAAUGAAGAAAUUACAACUCUUGUAAUGCUCAGUACCUUAGCUGUGUAUUUGGUCUCAAGUUCAUCUGUGCACGGCCGAGCAAGCGAUCGUCCAUCUUGGAUGACUCACAGUAGGCAUCAGUCAGAUUCAGCUGUUGGAUGGAAGUCUAAAGAGUGUGACCAGCAUGAAGCUGUUGGCAGGCAUCAACACAAAGCAAGAGGUUUAAUAAAGCCUUAUUGCAUUUUGAAAUAUACAGACUUGCAGCAAGUCAAUGUUGGAUUGUUUGACCAGUGUGUUCGUUUAACUGGACAAGAUGCACCUUCAGUCUUCACUUUAGUGUUCAGAGAUAGCGGGGUCACUGGAGAAUUUUUGGAACAGCUGACAAAUAUGCUGUCACUGAUAGCAUCCUCUCCAAUGGUUGAUAGAGAUAAGAGAGAUCUAGAAACAGAUUUCUAUCGUGCAUUCACCAAGAGAACCAAGUCCACUGUUGAAGGAUUAGAAUACACACAUCCAAGUCAAGUACGGUUUUGUUACCCAGGUGAGGAUGCUGUGGAAGACAUUCUGUAUUUGGUUAAAGACCAGAUUCAGGCACACACAGCAGUCAAACAAACACUGUGGAUGUUCAUCUUAUGCCAUAGAGUUUCUCUGGACUUCUCAGAAAUGUCAUCAGAGAACAUUAAACCAAGAAGUGUGAUUUUAACAAAUACACAUAUCUGCCUGGCUGAGGAAGAUAUUGUGACUUACCCUUUGCCAGACUUUGUUCGAGGCCUACCAGAGAAUCCUAGACAUCAAAUAGUAGAUACUAGGAAAAUAGAAAAUCUGAAACGUUUGGUUUUACCAUUUCACAAUGAUCACUUGCUUUGCCUUGUCUUCAGUGAUGAGUUGGAAGAAAUAGUAGUGGAUACAUCACUUGACCAUUUCAGUGGCAAACAAGAAGCCAAAGGCAGACAACCACGACCGGAGUACAAAGUGAUGUUGUAUAUUCAGAGCCUUUCAGAGAAACAAAAACUUGUACAUCUGCUAGGAAAACACUGGAAGGAUUUGAAUCCAGAAGUUGGCAGAAUCUUGGAUAUUGUCAAUGAGCUGUGUUAA